UGAACACCCUGCAGUCCUUUGCUGCCUGGUCAUUUGAUUUCUGUGUAUCAGCCCUUAAAACAACAAGCUACCUUAAGACGACCUGUGGUCGUAAACCAGUUGAAACAAUGGGAACUGUGAGGUUUCCUGCAUUGCUUUUUGUACUCUUGUACAGUACAGUUGGUCGGGUAGCUGAUGUGGUGAUAAAAUUAGACAUGUUUCCUAAAGUUGUGGAUUACAGCAGUUGCAGGGAUGAGAUGCUUCAGAUAGUAACCAAACCAGGAGGUCUUCUGCAACAAGAGCUUAACAACAGUACAGAUUUUAAGUUGAUGUGGAAAGCUAAUGCAACAUGUGAAGAGAAGAUUCCAGGGGCCACACAGGAGCACAUGGCUGCACUGAAGAGCUAUGCAGAUGCUAGUCCUAAAUUUCAUGAAUUAUUCAACAUGAAGCUUUACAGCAAAGGCAAAAACAUCACAACGUACCAAAAUGAGUUUCCUUUUAAAUCUCUUUACUUCCUGCUGACAGAUGCCAUGCAACGUUUAAGUAAAGACAUGUGUCAGAUGAUUUAUUCUGGCAUAGAAAAUGAAGAGCUAACAGCUGGGGAUUUGGUCAGAUUUGGGACUUUCUUGCCAGCAAGACUGAAGUAUAGUGAUGCAUUAGAAGAUAUAGUAGAUGUUAGUGGGACUGUUUUUAACAUCACUUCUUGUUCUGUGUUCAACCUUGACGAAAAGUGUAAGUCAGAUGAAAUUGAUCUGCUAAUUUCCCCCAUGGAAUCUUUCAAGGUUAAGGAAAUCAGGACAUCUGUUGAUAAUGGAGAUGAAACAUAUAAACAGGUCGCCUUGGUGCAACAUUCUUUCAGGAGCUCCUUCGACUGCAAAUCCUUUUUCAGGUCGAGCUCCAAACCUGAGAGGUCUUCUUCUAAUUUGCUUUGUUCCAGUUUAACGAAACUGAUGGCUCCCUUUGUGAUGGUGUACUUAUACAAACUGGAUCUGUAAUAUAAAUAACUCUGUAUGGUCUCAAACCAUACAAAUCAAAGGCAACAUUCAAAUUUUUUCAAAUAUACACUAAAAAAAAGAAAUCCGUAAAAAAAUGGAAUUUUCUGUAAACUGUAAAAACAGAAAUACACCGUAAAAUAUUUUUUCUGUAAAAUUAGAGGAUAUAAGGAUAUAUAUUAAAUUGUUUUACCUAUUUUUCAUGAAAAUGUGUUGUCUCUUUCUGUAAUUUUAUAGUUUUUGACCAUAUUUCAAAUAUAAACUGUAAAAUAACUUCUUCCCUGUAAAAUUAAAAUUUCCCUGGUUUUCUUGUAAAUUUGCGUCCAUUUUCUGUAAUUUUACAGUUUUGACUAUAUUUAAAAAAAAUACAUAAAAACUGUAAAAAACAGUAAAAUUGUGAAAAAUUUACGUGGAAAAUCUGUACAUAUACAGAACAGAAACAUAAGAAUUCUGUAAAAUAUUUUUUUUUACAGUGUACCCAAUGUUCUCUUAAGUUUAAAAA